UAGUAUACUAACAUAUCUUCUAUAUUAACAAGGAAGGCUUCCUACUAGCCUUUAGGGACGCGUUCCUUAAUAUAUUUAUAAAGGUUAACUACUAAAAGGCCUUUAAGGUAUUAGGGCUUAUUCCUACUAACACGUAGGUAGUGUUAGAUUGCCUUAAAGUGCAGCUGCAUACCCUACUAGCAGUACCUCUACCUAAAACACUGUGGCAAUCUAAGACGCUAAGCAAUACACACAAGUUUAGGUCUUAAUCUAAGCUUGUAAGCAACUCCUUCUAACAAUUACUAAGUGCAGCGCAAGAGGGGUUCUUAAAGCUUAUAAAAGGGGCUAAAGAGAUGCUGCAUAAAAACGUCCUUAUUAAGGCCCGCGUGCAAGAGCUUAAAGAGCAAUUAGCAGUAAUAACUAAGAGAAAAUCGCGUAAGAGAAAGCAGAUUCAGCAUAGUGGCACACUUGAGUAUGGCCCAGCAGCAUCGCGGAUUGAGCGUGAACAGUGUCAAGAUAGAGAGCAAUUAGGCCUUAGCCGCCAGGCUCUCGCGCGCUGCAAGAGGUGCAGAGAGACUGGGCAUAACUCACGCACGUGUAAAAAAGAUAUU